AUGGUUGACGAUAGCGGUGAAGUCAAAGUUGAUAUAUUUGCAAUUUUAAUUGUAGAUGAUGAUGAUGAUGAUGGUGAUGAUGAUGAUGAUGAUGAUGAUGAUGAUGAUGAUGAGAACGCGACGACGACGACGUCGAUGAUGAUGAUGGGGGAUUUUGUGAUGGUGUUGAUGAUGGCAAUGACGAAGAUGACGAUGACGAUACUAUAUGAUCCAUAG